CUUUAGCUACAAUAUCUAUCAUAGCAACCGAAAAAAAUCCAAUGAAGUUGCAGGCCCUUCCUAUUUUCAUGGUUGCUUUUGUAGCAAGUACUCAUGCAACUCUCUCUCCGGAGAUUUAUUGGAAAGUAAAAUUGCCCAAUACGCAAAUUCCCAAAGUCAUCAAGAAUUUCCUUCCUCAACCAGAGCUAAAACAAGAUAACACUAACACUAAGGAGAAAGUGUACUAUGGUUUAAACCAAGCGGGUUAUGGUUUAAACCAAGCAGGUUAUGGUUUAAACCAAGCAGGUUAUGGUAGUAUUAGCUGGCAUCGAGCUGCUACAGAGGAUGAAAUUGGUCAAUUUACAACAAACAAGAUUACUUUGAAACAAUACUUCAUCUUCAAAAAAGACUUGGAGAAAGGAAACCGUAUCAACUUUCCCACUCUCCUAAAUAACAAUAAAGCACCAUUUUUGCCUCGGCAAUUUGUGGAAUCGAUUCCCUUCUCGAUGGAGAAAUUCUCGGAGAUUCUCAACCAUUUCUUCAUCGAUAGUAAAUCGAAAGAUGCUCAAGCAAUUGAGAAAACAAUCAAACUUUGUGAAGAGCCAGAAGUAAAACAUAAAGAGAAGAAAACUUGUGCAACUUCUUUGGAGUCUAUGGUAGAUUUCGCGUUAUCCGUGCUUGGGACAAACAAGAUCGUCGCGAUUACUUCUGAGGUACAAGGGGAAACUCAAAAGUCGCAGCGAUACACAAUUGAAGAAGUUCAACAGGUAGCUGAUGGGGAUACCAUGGUAUGCCACAAGCUUAACUACGCAUAUGCACUUCAUUAUUGUCACUUUGCACGAAGUACAAAAACAUUUAUGGUAUCUAUGGUCGGUGCUAAUGGAAUAAAAGUUAAAGCAGUAUCAGUGUGCCACAAAGAUGCAUCUUUCUGGAACCCUAAGGCAUUGCCUUUUGUAGUUCUCAAGGUUAAGCCUGGAACUACGCCAAUUUGUCAUUUUCUGAAAGAUGAUCAAAUCCUCUUUGUCCCUUCUGAAACAGCGACCUAGAUUGUCCUUAAUAAAGAGUGGUUGUUUGCUUUUUAUGGUACUCUCUGUUUCAUCUGCAAUGUAUCUUUAUUUUUAUAAUAAACGAAAAUAAUCCCGUCUUUAAGUUAUUUUUCCUAUGAUUCGCGAAGAUAUCGUUGAUUCAUAGCCUUCGAGGUGUAAAUCUCCAAUCAAGCAUAUUGCAAA